AUGAAUAAAGAUUUAAAAGGAGAUUGUUUAUCGCAAAAUUGCUCGUCAAAAAUAAGUGAAGCAAUAAAUAAAUAUUCAAUUAAUACAUUGACUAAUAGUUCUAAUGUAGAAUUAGAAAUAAUGAAACGAAAUGAAAAUAAAAGUGAUAAAACUAUUCACAUAAAUGAUUUAUCUGAAGUAGAAAUGGAACUAAAAACAUAUAGUUCAAUAGUUAUAGAUAAUUUUGAUACAAUUAUAAAUAAGGAUGACCACCAUGAUGAAAGAUAUAAAUACUACAUGAACAAAUUAAAAGACAAUAAUAAUUUUAAAAAACACAACAAAAUAAAUAUGAGUGAUUUAAAUAAAAAUAUUCUUCAAAAUAUAAAAAUUACUGAAGAAAUUAACAAAACAAAAGAUAUAAAUGAUUUGAUGAGAAAAAUUGAACAUGAAGAAAUAAAAGAGUUAAUAUCACUAAACUUAAAAUUAUUUUUAAUUGAAAUUAAAAAAAUAUAUCACACAUUGAAUGAUUUCCUUUUUAAAGAAUUUAAUCAAAAUAAAAAACUUUCUGAUAUAAUUAAAACAAAAGCUCAUGAUAGUUGUGAAAAAAAAAUAAAUAAAAUCAGUAGAAAACAAUAUACAAAAAUUAAUUUAAUAAUUAAAAAAUAUAUUAUUUUAAAAAAAUAUUACAAAAAAUUAUGUAAAAAAUAUAAAGAAGAAAAUAACAUGUUGAAAAAAAUAUAUUUACAUAAUAUAAAUAUAGGACAAUUAAGUAAAGAACAUUAUAUGAAAAGUUAUAAUAUAAAUUCAAAUCAGAAUAAUUCUAUUCUCAUAGAUUUAAAAAAAAAUUAUAAAAAAAAUAUUUUAUCUAAUUCAAUUUUAUAUAAAGAUUACUUAAAUAAUGCUAUAUUUAAAAAGUAUAUUUUAAACAAAAAGGAUAAUAAAUUAAUUCAAAAUAUAAUAAAAAAAAGUCAAAAGUUACAACUAAAUUUAAAGAAAUAUAAUUCUAGAUAUAUAUCAGUAUACUGUAAAAAACCAUUUAAAAAGUGGAAAGAUAAUAUAAAAAAAUUAAAAUAUUCAAAUAAUGAAAAUUUUUCUUAUCCUAAAAAUUGUAUAAAUUAUUAUGACAAUUUUCCUACAUCAGUUAGUAUUAAAAAAAAAAAAAAGAAAGAAGAUGAAAAUGUUUAUGAACUCUUUACAUGUGAUAAAAGUGAAAUAAAACACAAAAAUAGAAAGAGCUUAGAUAUUUUAUUCAAAAAAAAAAACUUAUAUAAAAAAAAUGAAACACUUAUUAAUCUAAGAAAAGAUAAUAUAAAAACAGAUAACAUGAAAGAAUCUCCUGAAUUAAAUAAAAUAAAUUUAAAUAAUGUUACUGUUAGACCAAAUGAAAAAGUUAUAUUUGACGAAGAAAAAUUAGAAAUAGAAGAAAAACUAACGAAAAAAAAAUUAAGAAAAGAUGAUAUUCUAAAAAAGGAAGAAAAAGAUAUUAUUGAAAACUACAAAAAAAGUAAUUACAAAGAUAAUGGAAAGAAGCAACAGGAAAGGAAAAAGAUUUUCAGUAAAAAUGAAAAAAAUAAAAGUCAAAAUUUAGAAAUAAAUAGUGAUAAAGAUAAAAUUGUUCAUGUAAAAAAAAAUAUUAACUAUUUUUCUUGUGAUUCCUUUGAAGAAAAAAAAAAUAAUCUUCUGAAAAAAAAGAAAAAUGUAUGUAAGUUAAAACAUAUGUUAAAAAAUAAAAGUAAACUGGAAAAUGAAAACAAAAAUGAAACUGGUUAUGAAAAUAACAAAGAAAAUAAUAUAAUAAUUUCAUGCAUUACAAAAGAAGAUAUAAUUUUAAAUAAAAAAGGAGAAACAAACAGAUUAUAUCAAGAAGAAAAAAUAUUAUCCAAUGAAAAAAAAGAAAAAACAGUUUCAAAUAAAGAAAAAGUAGACACAAUUGAAAAAAAAGAAAAAGCAGAUUUAGAUGAAAUAAAAGAAAAAGUAGUUUCAAAUAAAGAAAAUGAAAAAAAAGAAGAGAUAGUAUCAAAUAAAGAAAAAGUAGACUCAAUUGAAAAAAAAGAAAAAAUAGACUCAGAUGAAAAGAAAGAAAAAGUAGACUCAAUUGAAAAAAAAGAAAGAAUAGUUUCAGAUGAAAAGAAAGAAAAAAUAUGUUCAAGUAAAAAAAAAGAAAAAGACUCAGAUGAAAUAAAAGAAAAAAUAGUUUCAAUUAAAGAAAAAGAAAAUAUAAACUUCGAAGAAAAAAAAGGAAAGACAUUUUUAGAUAAAUAG